AUGAAGGACAUCGAGAAGGUAUCUGAGUACAUCUCCAGAGUGAUUCUGAUCACUAAUGAGAUUAAAGAUUGUGGAGAAAUCCUUUCUGAACAAGUAAUCAUAGAGAAGCUUGGUCAUUUUGCUAAAGAUUGUGGAUCAAACAAGAAAAGGAAAUCAGAAGAAGCAAAUACAGCCAAAGGAGAUUCUGAUGAUGAACUUAUACUAUUGAUGGCUUCUGAGUCCGAUGGUAGGUGUUUGGUAGACUGGUGGUAUAUGGACGAUGGCUGCUCAAACCACUUGAUUGGAAACAAACAAUGGAUGAUAGAUUUUGACUCCAAAAGGAGUACAAAGAUCGGAUGUGCUGAUGAUAAGUACCUGAAUGCAGAAGGUAUGGGAAAUGGCAAAGUCAAAGUAAAGAAUAGGAAGACUGUUCUAAUUAAGGAUGUUUGGUAUGUUCCUGGAAUUAAGAGUAAUCUGGUGAGUGUGGGCCAGCUCAUUGAAAAAGGUUUCUCUGUUGUUAUGAAGGACAAUCUCUUGAAGUUGUAUGAUCCCAAUCAAAAGAUGAUUAUGCAGCUAGAGCAGGAAAGCAAUAGAACAUUCAAGGUGAAUGUGAACACAGCUGAAACAUAG